AUGCUGAGGAGCACCCUGCUGUGCGCGGCGCUGGGGCUCCUGCGCGCCCAGCCUUUCCCCUGCCCCCCGGCCUGCAAGUGUGUGUUCCGGGACGCCGCGCAGUGCUCCGGGGGCGACGUGGCGCGCCUCGCCGAGCUCGGCCUGCCCGCCAACCUCACGCACAUCCUACUCUUCCGAAUGGGCCACGGCGCCUUGCAGAACCACAGCUUCAGCGGCAUGACGGUCCUGCAGCGCCUGAUGCUGUCCGACAGCCACAUUGUCGCCAUUGCCCCCGGCACCUUCCACGACCUGAUAAAACUUAAAACCCUGAGGCUGUCGCGCAACAAGAUCACGCAUCUGCCGGCCGCGCUGUUGGAUAAGAUGGUGCUCCUGGAACAGUUGUUUCUGGACCGCAACGAACUGAAGGACAUCGACCAAAACAUGUUUCAGAAACUGGUUAACCUGCAGGAGCUCUUUUUGAACCAAAACCAGCUCGCUUUCCUUCCCGCUCGCCUCUUCACAAAUCUGGGGAACCUGAAACUGUUGGAUUUGUCGGGAAACAAUCUGACCCACCUGCCCCAGGGAUUGCUCGGGGCACAGGCUAAGCUUGAGAAGCUCGUGCUCCACUCGAACCAGCUCGUCUCUCUGGAUGCGGGGCUGCUGAGUCGCCUGCGCGCCCUGAAGGAGCUGCAGCUGGACCGAAAUCACAUCCGUUCCAUCGCACCGGGAGCCUUCGACCCGCUCCGGAGCCUGAGCUACUUGACUCUCUCCAGAAACCACCUGGAGUUUCUGCCCUCCGCACUCUUUCUUUAUUCGCACAAUUUGACAUUCCUGACGCUGUUCGAGAACCCGCUGGAAGAGCUGCCGGAGGUGCUCUUCGGGGAACUGGCCGGCCUGCGGGAGCUGUGGCUGAACCGCACCCGGCUGCGCACCCUGCCCGCCGCCGCCUUCCGCGCCCUGAGCGGCCUGCGGGAGUUCGGCCUGACCCUGAGCCCGCGUCUGAGCGCGCUCCCCGAGGACGCCUUCCGGGGCCUGGCCGCGCUCCAGGUGCUCGCCCUGCACUCCAACGGCCUGGCCGCGCUCCCUGGCGCCUUGCUGCGCGGCCUUGACGGGCUGCGCCGCGUCUCGCUGCGCCACAACCGGCUGCGGGCCCUGCCGCGCGCGCUCUUCCGCCACCUCCGCAGCCUGGAGCGUGUCGAGCUCGAGCACAACCAGCUGGAGGCCCUGCCCGGCGACGCGUUUGCGGAUCUGCCCCGGCUGGCGGAGGUCCUGCUGGGCCACAAUCCCUGGCGCUGCGACUGCGGCCUGCGGCCCUUCCUGGUGUGGCUGCGGCGGCACCCGGGCCUCGUGGGCCGAGCCGAGCCCCCGCGGUGCGGCGGGCCCGGACCCCGCGCCGGCCUGCCGCUCUGGGCCUUGCGGGACGAAGACCCGCACUGCCCGGGCACCCGCGGCCCGCCUCCCCGCCCCGCCCCAGCCCCCACCCGGGCGACCCUGCCCGCGGCCCACGUCCGCACCGCCUGGGUGCCCGACGGCUCGGAGCCCUGGGCCCGCGCGCAGCUGGUGGCCCGGGGCCAACGCCAAGACCACAGCCUGUUCUGGGGGCUUUAUUUUCUGCUUUUAGCUACUCAGGCCGUCAUAACGGGGAUCAUCGUGUUUGCUAUGAUUAAACUCGGCCGGCUCUUUCGAAGAUUAAUCAGAGAGAGAGAGAGAGAGCUCUUGUUUGAGUCAGUGGGAAGACCUUGCAACUAA